GGGUUACUAUUAUUUUCAAUUUGCUCAACCCGCAGCAAGAUCGACGGAGAUCACCACAGCACAACGCAUAGCAUCGCAACAUCACAAACAAUAGAAACCAGCAUCGGAGAGUGAUACAGGGGAACUCUGGAUCGCAGUUUAUCGAGGACAGUGACACUCAAAAAGCAAACCAAUCGGCAAUAGACCAACGGCUAUACUGUACAACACACACACGUAGAAAACAAAUCGAAUCGGCCUUGGAACGAUGGUGGAGCGGACGAUGGAUCGGCGGAUUUCGUUUUCGAAAAUGACAAUCGCGAUGGCAAUAGUCUUCCUCGUGGCGAUUUCUACGACGACGACGGACAAUGCGACCCCCAUUUUAUUCGUGGCUGCCGAUGGCGCUGGAGACGGGAUCCCAACCGGCAGGGAGCUGUCGCUCGCCAACAAAGACGGUUCGCCCCUGCGGAGAAAGCUUGAGCAGCCAGCAACAGAAGAUAGUGGCAACGGAGAAGGAGGAGAAAACCACAUCGUGAAACCCGAGGAUCUCAAAAAGGUAACCGAGAACGAGGAAACGGGCAAAAAAGUGGAGGCCAAGGAAAACGACGGAGACGAAGCCGGCUCCGGUGCCGUAGACCAAGACGAGGCUACUGAAACGACCAGUCCAAAGAUCAAUGGCGAUGAUGGAGAAAACAGCGACGCCGACAACAAUGAUAAUAUCAAACCUACCCAAGACAACGACAACUCCCCGAAGGAAAACGAAUCGAAGAAAACCACAGGAAACGAGAGCAAAAGCGGGAACGAUCCGAAGGGAUCCAAAGACGAAACAAAGGGCGGCGGCGGCGAUGACAACGAAGACAAGGCGGCAACCCCGGGGAUAGCACAUCCACAGAAUCUCGACUGGUACGACGACGACGAGGGAAACGGCGGGUUCCUUUUCUUUUUAUUUGUUCUGGUCAUCGGGCUGGGCGUCGCUGGAGUCAAGCACAAGGAGAAGGUCACGGACGCUGUGAGCAAACUCAUGGACGCGAUCAAUAGUGCGGAUGGAGGCGGUGGUGCGGGGAGCACGGCUGCCAAAACGACAAAAUACGAACCAGUGUACGUGUCAUGUUCCUAUUGCGAAAGACUCGGUGUGACCCAGAAGACUUCCCCGCAUCUGAACGUUCAGAGGUUGGGAAUGCCGAUGCAUAAAAUAAUCCGAAUGCGGAUCUGACACUGUUUUUCUUUUUCAUUCUCUCUUCCAAUUCCGUCUAAACAGAGCAUCGAACGAAGCCAACGACGAAGAAUGGGGUUGGGGUGACGACAAUGAAAAUGCUGCCGACAACGAUUUUGGUGAUGAUGAUUGGGGAGACGACGACGACGACUGGGGUGACGAUACCAACAACAUUGAGAUGACAACACCUAGUUUCUCGAGCGGCAGUGGGGGCUAUAACAAUACACAUAUCACCCAGAGAAAACCGUCUUUUGAUUCCGACAAGGGGGAAACCCCGAUCUCUCCCAAUCUAUCAACGACCGCCUCCGUCCUUCACCCGAAAAUUCCGAAACCGAUGCCGGCCUAUGCCGGGUCCGCCUCGAGAAGCGUCAGCGGAAGCAGCAUCAACAGCAGCGGCGGAAAAGGAGCAUCCGGGAUGAGCUUGACCAGCAGCAACGGGAAGGGUGGCCCGGCGUCCUCUCGCGGUCUUCCAAUGGCUCCGAGAUCGGGGGGGGGUUCCGCGGUUUCCGCCUCUUCCACGCUGACACCGCCCACCGCCCCUCGAGUGCCAACCCCGGCGGCAACGACUACCACCGCUGCCAUGAAUCCCUCGCAGGAAAUUCCCGCAACGAUAGGAGGGAUGAAAAUGGGCAUUACCAGCCUCGGACCGAAAAAAGCCAAGCCCACGUCGGUGGCCAAACCCAAGAAGAAGACCCUGAUCGGUGCCGACGACGGGGACAUUUUUGCCUCGAUGGGAUUCGGCGGUCCGCCACCCCCCAAGCCAAAGACAAAGACGACGACGGCUUCCAAGGCCGCCGGGUCCAGCCGGUGGGCGAUGGCACAAGCCACGCCGCCAAAGUCGGCCCCCCCGGUCGUCUCUUCCUUUGGAAGCAAGCCGAUCGCUGCCAAGCCAGUCCCUCCUUCCGCUGUUGCGAGCAGCAAGACGACCGCGAGCGGCCUCGGACCGGGGUUGGCCUCCAAACCGGCGGAAGCAUCGAUACCGGACGGCUUUGGAGACGACGACCUGGACCUCGAUCUGGGUGACGACGACAUUGCGGGCGACGCAGGCCUGGGUGCGGGAGACGGAGACGACUGGGGGGACGACGACGGCGACCUCGACGACCUCUUGUUCGAUUGAACGGAACGGAAUCGAAUCGAAUCGAAUCGAAUCCACCCAAGAAUUGCACACCGCACACGACAGAGCCACCCUUGAUCAAAGGAACCAUCGAACCACAGCGUCGCACUGCACCGCACCGCACCAAACGAAACCGGCCACUCGAAGCCGUUGUGGCAAUCCAAUAACCCUAUAAGUACAAU